UCUUCUUAUUCCUCCUUUCUUCUUUCGAGCGGCAGCAGCAACACCAGAAACCCUAGAAGAAGGAAACAUGCCUGCAGGUCAUGGUUUACGAUCCCGCACCAGAGAUUCAUUCUCUCGUCCCUUCCGCAAGAAGGGAACAAUAGCCUUAGCCACCUACCUCAGGACCUAUCAUAUCGGCGACUAUGUCGAUAUUAGAGUUAACGGAGCUGUGCACAAAGGUAUGCCGCACAAAUUCUACCACGGUCGUACCGGUCGUGUCUGGAAUGUGACUAAGCGUGCCAUUGGUGUUGAAGUCAAUAAGCAAGUUAGGAACAAGAUAUUGAGGAAGAGGAUCCAUGUCCGAGUGGAGCAUGUUAUGCCAUCAAGGUGCACUGAGGAGUUCAGAUUGAGGAAGAUCAAGAAUGAUCAAUUGAAGGCUGAGGCUAAGGCCAAGGGAGAGGUGAUAAGCACCAAGCGCAAGCCAGAGGGCCCCAAACCUGGUUUCAUGGUCGAAGGUGCUACAUUGGAGACUGUUACUCCAAUUCCGUAUGAUGUCGUUAAUGAUCUCAAAGGAGGAUACUAGGAUUUUAUUUGCACUUUCUACUUCUCUGUUAGACUGCAUAUUGUUGUGCUUGGUUUUGUUUUGUUUUUUGUCAUCUAUCUUUCUUCAUCUGAACACCCUUCAAAUUUAUGAAAUACCAGACUCAAAUUUUGUUUUGUUCGAUUAUUAAUCCACCUAUAUUUUAUAUGA